CUGUCUUUCUGUCAAAACUGGCAAACAAAUUUUGUCAGCUAACUCUUCUCUUACUGAAAGCUCUGUUUCUUUCUGCAAAAUCAUAAUUAACUUACUUAAUUAAUAGUCAUAAUACACAUUCAAAACUUCUCUCUAUUCAUCACAAUUUGACUUCAGUUUUUGCUUCUUUUAAAUUUUGAUUCUUUUUUUUUUUUUGGUUUUGAAAUGGGUUAAAGAAAUAAUCUUGGGGUGUUUUUUGUUUUUGGGUCCUGUGGCUGAGGUUGAAUUGACCCCACUGUGGAAUUUUUAGGUGAGACAGAGCUAAUUUAUGUAAAUAUCUUUGUCUUUUUUUAUCAUUAGAGUUUUGAUGGUUUUUGUUGAGCUGGUUUACUGUUUUAUUUACAUGGAUGAAGCUUCUCUUUUAAUCUUUUUCACUUCUUUGUUUGGUUUGUAGCUCUUAAAUUGUUGUUUUUGGUUUGUAGAUUAAUUUUGAAAUAAGAGAGUAUUAAAUAUUGAUUUGAUUGUUUAUUUUAGUUGGAUUUGUUGAAUGGAUUUUAAGUAAAGAGUUGAACUUUAGAGUUGGGUUUGGAUCAGUUCAUAUUUGUUGGGAUUUGGUAAGUGGUAAAGGGUAUCAAGCAUGGAGAUGACUUCAAGGGUGGAGAUUGAUGAUGAGAGUGAGACCAAUAAAGGUAGCAUGUGGGAUUUGGAUCAGAAACUUGAUCAGCCUAUGGAUGAGGAAGCUGGAAGGCUUAAGAAUAUGUACAGAGAAAAGAAAUUCUCGCUGCUUUUGCUGUUGCGGCUUGCGUAUCAGAGCCUUGGAGUUGUUUAUGGAGACUUGGGGACUUCUCCAUUGUAUGUCUUCUAUAAUACAUUUCCUCAUGGAAUUAAAGAUCCCGAGGAUGUGAUUGGAGCUCUUUCUUUGAUUAUUUACUCUCUUACUUUAAUUCCGCUCCUCAAGUAUGUUUUCAUCGUUUGCAAAGCAAAUGACAAUGGUCAAGGCGGUACAUUUGCUCUUUAUUCAUUGCUAUGCAGGCAUGCAAAAGUAAAAACUAUUCCAAAUCAACAUAAGACAGACGAGGAGCUGACAACAUAUAGUCGUUCUACUUUCCAUGAACAUUCAUUUGCUGCUAAAACCAAGCGAUGGUUGGAAAGACAGCGUUCCAGAAAGAAUGCACUUCUUAUUCUUGUCCUUGUUGGAACUUGUAUGGUGAUUGGGGAUGGAAUCCUCACUCCAGCUAUAUCUGUUCUUUCAGCGGCUGGGGGAAUCAAGGUAGACCACCCCGGAAUGAGCAAUGAUGUUGUGAUAGUUGUCGCUGUUGUGAUAUUAGUAGGCUUGUUUAGCAUGCAACACUAUGGAACAGAUAAAGUUGGUUGGCUCUUUGCUCCCAUUGUGCUGCUUUGGUUUCUCUUGAUUGGAGGUAUUGGAAUAUUCAACAUAUGGAAGUAUGAUAGCAGUGUUCUGAAAGCUUUUUCGCCUGUAUAUAUCUAUAGAUAUUUAAGAAGGGGCGGUAAAGACGCCUGGACUUCUCUUGGAGGUGUUAUGCUUAGUAUCACAGGUACGGAGGCACUUUUUGCCGAUUUAGCCCAUUUUCCUGUUUCAGCUGUGCAGAUUGCUUUUACAGUAGUUGUAUUUCCAUGCCUUCUUUUGGCAUAUUCUGGACAAGCCGCUUAUCUUACGCAGAACACAGAUCACGUGGUUGAUGCAUUUUAUCGGUCUAUUCCAGAGACCGUAUAUUGGCCGGUGUUUAUUGUUGCGACUGCUGCUGCUAUAGUAGCAAGUCAGGCUACAAUCUCUGCAACUUUUUCAAUAAUAAAGCAGGCUCUUGCACAUGGCUGUUUCCCUAGAGUGAAAGUUGUACAUACGUCAAAGAAGUUUCUCGGUCAGAUAUACGUUCCUGAUAUAAAUUGGAUCCUUAUGAUUCUUUGCAUUUGUGUGACUGCUGGAUUUAAGAACCAAAGCCAAAUCGGAAAUGCUUACGGGACGGCUGUUGUGAUCGUCAUGCUUGUAACUACAUUGCUUAUGUCUCUAAUCAUGAUACUGGUGUGGCGGUGCCAUUGGAUCAUUGUCCUGCUUUUCACAGGCUUAUCCCUUGUCGUGGAAUGCACUUACUUUUCUGCUGUACUCUUCAAGAUUGAUCAAGGUGGGUGGGUUCCUCUUGUAAUUGCGGCUGCCUUUCUUAUUAUCAUGUAUGUUUGGCAUUACGGUACAGUGAAACGAUACGAGUUUGAGAUGCAUAGUAAGGUUUCUAUGGCGUGGAUUGUUGGUCUUGGACCCAGCUUAGGAUUGGUAAGAGUUCCUGGAAUCGGACUUGUGUAUACCGAGUUGGCGAGCGGGGUUCCCCACAUCUUCUCUCAUUUCAUCACGAAUCUACCGGCUAUUCAUUCGGUUGUCGUUUUCGUCUGUGUGAAGUAUCUUCCCGUGUAUACAGUACCUGAAGAAGAGAGAUUCCUGGUCAAGCGAAUCGGACCGAAGAAUUUCCACAUGUUUCGCUGUGUGGCAAGGUAUGGCUAUAAAGACCUACACAAGAAGGAUGAGGAUUUUGAGAAAAAGCUCUUUGAUAAUCUCUUCUUGUUUGUCCGACUCGAGUCAAUGAUGGAAGGGUGUUCGGACUCCGACGAGUAUAGUCUAUACGGUCAGCAAACUGCCCGAUCAAGAGACGCUUUACUGACUUAUGAUAAUGAAAAUACAGCAUGUUCUGCAGUGGAUUCCGUGUUUUCAUCGGUGGACUCAAUCGUGCCAGUUAAGUCACCGGUGCAUGGAAAUCAGACAACGGGUUCAUCAGGGCAGACGAGCAGCAGCCAGAUGGAGGUGGAUGAGUUAGAAUUCUUAAAUAGGUGUAGGGAUGCAGGGGUGGUGCAUAUACUAGGGAAUACAGUGGUGAGAGCAAGAAGGGAGUCAAGGUUCUACAAGAAGAUAGCGGUUGAUUAUAUUUAUGCAUUUCUUAGGAAGAUAUGUAGGGAAAACAGUGUCAUUUUUAAUGUUCCCCAUGAGUCUCUCUUGAAUGUUGGCCAGAUUUUCUAUGUAUAAAUUCUUUUUGGGUAUUAUGCUUAAUCCAAGUGAGUAAUUUCUCAAUA